AUGUCUGAUACCGCCGAGGUCGAGGUCGAAAACCCCAGCGGGUAUAUGGUCUUGCCCAAAGACGUCACCGAAGAAAUUGGCUCUAUCAAGCUCUUCAACAAGUGGUCGUACGAGGAUGUCGAAGUCCGAGAUAUCUCAUUGACCGACUACAUCCAGAUCCGCUCCCCUGUCUACAUCUCCCACUCCGCUGGCCGCUAUGCCGUCAAGCGCUUCCGAAAGGCCAACUGCCCCAUCAUCGAGCGCCUCACCAACUCUCUCAUGAUGAACGGCCGCAACAACGGCAAGAAGCUGAUGGCUGUCCGCAUCGUUGCUCAUGCUUUCGAAAUCAUUCACAUAAUGACCGACCAAAAUCCCAUCCAAAUCGCCGUCGACGCCAUCGUCAACUGCGGCCCCCGCGAAGACUCCACCCGUAUCGGCUCAGCCGGUACUGUUCGUCGUCAAGCCGUCGAUGUCUCCCCCUUGCGCCGUGUCAACCAAGCCAUUGCUCUCCUUACAAUCGGUGCCCGCGAGGCAGCUUUCCGGAAUGUCAAGAGCGUAGCUGAGUGUCUGGCUGAGGAGUUGAUCAAUGCGGCGAAGGGAAGCAGCAACAGCUAUGCGAUUAAAAAGAAGGAUGAACUGGAGCGGGUAGCGAAGAGUAAUCGGUAG